AUGUGUCCUAAACCUUUGGUAAUCGCGAUAGCAUUCCCUUCAGACGGCCACACGCACCCAGUACUCCGCGCAGCAACUGAAUUGGUCAAACGCGGCUUUCCAAUCUGGUUCGUGUGCGGAUCGAAAUAUCACACUACAGCCCUAGCCGCCGGCAUCUCCCGCGUGUUCACCUUCCCCGACGCAGUAGAUAUCUGCCCCCAUAUUAUGGAUGGCUAUCGAGCCUGUGGGCCCCGGAUGGAGGCCGAGGAUUACGUCAUGCGAGAAAUUUUCGUCCGCUACAUACCAAUAUACGCUCAAGUGCUGCUCUCGGCGCUGAAGGAGGUAGAGGUGGAGUGUAGGGAGAACGUGGUUAUCAUGCAGGACUUGAAGGCGACCGCCACGUUACCGUUUCUACACGGAGCGCCUGUGCCCGGCUAUGGUCGAUUUCCACCCGUUCUCUCGCUUGGUAUAUGCGUCAUUACGACGAGGAGCGUCGACGCGCCCCCGAACUUCUGGGCCGUAAACCCAAUGGAGGUCAACAUGUUGAAGCUGCACGAGGAGCAUGACGCCACCAUCGCCGGUUCCCUGAACCUGCUGAACGAAACAAUGGAAAAGAUGGGGGGCACCAGAAGCGCAGAGUACUCGGUCCUGCAUACGUGGUGGACCUCCCCGGACUUGACGCUGCAGUUGUGCAGUCCAAGCUUGGAGUUCAAGCGGCGGGACCUUGAUCCCAAGAUACGGUUCGCUGGGGGCUUGCCAGUCCCUCCAAAGACCUCGACGACGCCAGACUGGCUGCGGAACCUCGUCGCCAAGAAGAAGAAGGUGGUUUUUGUCAGCCAGGGCACAAUUGACAACAGCUUCCACCAGCUGCUCCUCCCCGCAAUUCAGGGCCUGGCCUCCCGCGACAAGCUGGUGGUUAUAUUGACGAUGGGAAAGCGAGGCGCAGUGCCGCCUGUCAAGAAUCGAGACAACAUUUACAUGGUGGACUACAUCCCCUAUGCCGACAUUCUGCCAUUUACAGAUGUCUUUGUCAAUAAUGGUGGCUAUGGAGGCUUCAUGCAAGCGGUGAUGUCCGGCGUUCCAAUGGUCGUUGCCGGAGAGAGCAAGGACAAAGCCAAUGUGGCCUUGCGUUUGGAAUACGCAGGGUUGGGGAUCAACCUAAACACCGCGACGCCAACUCCGGGGCUGAUAUUGGCCGCGGUGGAGCAGGUCUUGGAAGAUCCUCGCUACAAGAAGAAGGCUCUGGAACUGAGAAAAGAAAACGAGGACAUGGACUGCAUCGGGAGGAUCGAAAGUGGGAUUCUGGAGCUGUUUCAUUCUCGGUGA